UUGACUGAAAUUAUUUUAUAUGUACUAAAAAGUAUAGUCAAAUUAAAAAUAAAUACAGUGAUGGCUUUGGGAGGCUCCACAUAUUUAAAAGAUGCCUCCAUGCUCGAACAACUGCUCGAGGAAAUCAACUUUCAGCGAACCAAGGAAAUGCGUCAACUAAUGAAGGAUGAUUCUGGCUUUGUGGUGCUACAAGGAACGACAUACUGGACAGAUCUGUUUGUGCGGCACUUCCUGUUCCAGGAGGAGCAAGCAAUAGACUGUGAUGACCUCCUGUUCUUCGUUAGGAAGAGGCAUGUAAAAGGUUCCUCACGUUAUCUGCCUAAGUAUGAGACGGACGUCGACGUGUACCGCAAGGAUUCGAAGAAGCUGCCCAUCGGCGACCCGGAGAUCGAUUGGGAGGAGACUGUCUACCUCAACCUCAUCGUUCACCAGUUCGACUACACGCUCACGUUGGCGAUCUGCACGCGCACCAGCCCCAAGGAGCUGCAGGUGCUGAAGCGGCACUCGCAGAAGGUGAGCGUCAUACGCGCUCGGGCGGCGGAGUCGGAGCGCGUCACUAGCUUAACCGGCUGA